UGCUGGAACGAUAUAAGAUGAUUUCUAUGCGGCGAUAGACUAGAAAAUGAAUCUAAAUCCAAACUACGUCACGUCGUGAUUACGAGAAUGAGAUAAUGAAGUUGAUGUACGCUUCUAAAGGAUGAAAAAUAUAAUUUGAUAUUACUACAAUUGCAUCUUUUCAAUUCGAAUCGAACCAAUGAAAAAUUCAAGUAUUUAUAUUGUCAGUCAUUUCCAGUAGUUUUCGUUUUAUUUCAUAACUCGAAUCUCGAGUCAAAACCAAAAAUCAAAAUCUCAAUUAGGUACUGCUUUGAGUUUGCCCAUCUACAUAUCUGAUGAAAAUGCAGAAUACACUCCUUCUGAGACCGCUUGUAAAUGCGUCUCGCGUUUUGGUGUAAUUUUUUCGGGAACAUCGGACCCUUUCCAACAAUAAACCCUGUGUCUUGCCAAGAGCCAAGAACCUUAAUGAUGCUGACUGUAUUUGUACUUGUAAGCAACACAAAGACACAUGUAAAGAGAUUAUUGUUUCACGUCGCGCAUGAUACUUUACUAUGUAAUUUGUUAUCUUUCAAAAUACCAUGAAUAAAGCAUCGCGAAUGCUGGUUUCUUAUCUUUUUUUUUAGUGAUUCGGUUGUAGUGCCAGCCUCCUCCGUUUUUAUUUCACAAUAUUCGACAUAAUUCUUAAUUAUUUGAUUUGUUACAAAACGUUUCAAUUAUAGUCAAUCUAUCGCGAAGUUUAGUUCAUUCAGGGUAGAUGAACAACCACACAAUCUAAGUAUAUUCUCAAUACUUAUGUAACUGCAAGUUAACUGUUUUUAACAAAGAUACCUACAUCUUUCGAAUUUCUAAGUGAAGUACAUCUGCUGAAGUUCACUUUCCAGUAUUUAAUGCGCACUUAUUUAUUAAAUUUUGAAUUUUUCAAAGCUGUUACAUUUCACAGUAGAUAGGGGUUCAGUAUACAAUAUACAUAGAUACGGAGAUGACAAGAAUGAGUAAUUUAAAUAGAAAAUCGAGUUGAAGCACUGGCGACAUGUGGCUGACGUGAUCCAUUGUUGACUGAAAAAAGUGUUGAAGGUAUAUCGUGGCAAGACUGACAUUUUGUUACAUGAGAGCUAAAAAAUACGUCUUUGUAAAAGAAGAAAAAAUACAUCUCACUUAUUGAAGAAUAAUUAUGAAUAUGGAGGCUAUUGACAACCCAUCAUAUUUUUCACUCUCAAGCGAAACUGAAAAAAAGUGCAAUAGGAAUUUCCUGCAAAGACAGAACGAAAGCAAAUUGAGUAGUACACUUCUAGUAAACAUGGUUACCAAAAAAAGCCUUCCAACUUCCAGCCCAAAACGUAAUUCCAGAUCAUUACUGAGAGCUAACAGUGAAGAUUCUCAACUGCUGUUGGUUCAAGGUAAACCUCGACCAUCUGACUUGGCACCCUCUGAGUAUUCAAUUAUGAAGCCUAAGCAUCAAAGAAAAGGAAGCAAUGGAAAUGUCAGAAGUCUGAAUGAUCUACACCACCAAGACAUGGUUCAUCGUAGAGAUGUUGGUGUAGGUGAUGAUGAUGAUGACGGAGAUGUUUUUCUACCAGAUAAUGCAAAUACCAACUCGCAGUAUUAUAACUUGUUGGGUUCAUCGCAGCAACUACAAAUAGAUUUAACUCCUGGAAGAAGAAGGCAUUCUUUUGGAUCAUUUUUAAAUCGCCGUACAAGCUUCAGUGCUGGUGGACAUGGAAAUUUCAGUCGAGAGUCGUCGAUUAGAAAUAAAUUUAAACGGAUAACCGCAGAAAAGGCGAAUAAAAUGGAAGAUGAGUUGGACGUAUUGUUGGUAUUAUGUGGCGAAAGUGAAAUAUCCUUGAAGUGGGGUAGUUACCUGAUAUCUCGUUUCCAAACGAUUUCCAAGAACCGAAAUAUACCAUCUUUCAAAUUACGUAGCCUUAAAUUGGAGGAAAUACUAGAAUCGUUGCUCGAAAAUGGCACCAUUGAUAAAUACCCAGAAGCCAGAGUACAAAUCGUAGUGGUAUGCCCGAUGUUCGUGGAAAAAAUCCAAUCAAUUCCAGAAACUGAAACUUCACUGGGCAAAUUAUUCCAGCAAGAAAAAGUGGUAGCAUUGAUGUUGGGAUUGGAUGUCCAACAACAGUGGGAUAGCAAUCAUAUUAGAACAGUAAUUCCUAAAUGCGAACUGUGGAGGAAAAUGACGGUGAAAAGUGAGUACAGAAUAUCAGCGGACGAUUUCCUUGGAAUAGCUAUGGACAUUUUGAGUAAAUCUCGACAAAUACAAGAAGCCCUCAACUUGGAGCAGCAACAACCUCAUUUUUCAGUUAUGCCUAAAAAAAUCAAAGUGGGACAAAAUACAAUAUUGGUGCUUUUAAACGAACCUAUUGCAAAUAAGGAUGAUAUCAAAGUAACAAUUGACAAAAAUGGACGACAUCUCGAUGUUGGUACAGUGAAACGAAGAAACCCAUAUACUCUACAGUUUGCGGUACCAGCUUGCUGCUUUCAAGUUUCAAUGUUGGUGUAUGUUUGCGUGGAAAAAAAUGGCAAAAAUUUGGGUAAAAGGCAGGUCAAGUGCGAAAGUAAAAUGAGAGAGUUGGAUCAAAUGAUACAAACAUUAGAAAACCCAAUUCAUUUCAUGUGUCAGAGUUUCAAUUUGAAUACAAAUGAUAAAGAUCAGUUAGAUACCUUUUUAUGUGACGCAUUUCAAAAAAAUAUUCCACCUCAUUUUGAUUUGCUUAAAUCUAGCAUUCCAAUUGACAAAACUACCACGAGCAAUGAAGAAUUUCCAACACUCUUACAUUUCACUGCAAAAUAUGGUCUGGAAAAAUUAUCUUGGUUAUUGAUUGAAAGUCCAGGUGGUGAACAAGCUUGCCAGAUUCGUAACUGUUUGCAAUUGACUCCUUCAGAAAUCGCAGAACAAGCGAAUCAUACAAAUUUAUCUAAAACUUUGAACAAUUUCUCGCGGUUGGCUGAAUUAUCAAAUACUUGCAAUUACAAAUACUUGAAAGAAAUGAGGGCUGGAAAAAAACGAGAUACAUCUGAAAGUAACUACGUGUUACCGAAACCAGUCGAUGAUACUUACUUGAUCCCACCAGAGCCUCGGCCAAUUGACGAUACUUACUUGAUUCCACCAGUACCUCGGCCAGUUGUUCCAUCUCUUCCUCCACCAGAUAUUGAUUUUCAUAAUUCUUCUCCAUCUUCGGAACAUUGUUACAUGAAUUUUAAAGAAUGCAGUUUCCCAUUUCUCUUAAACACUCCUUUGUCUCCAACUUUCGCAGAUUCUCCUACUUUAUUUCAAAAUUACGAAGUUCCGCCAACUGCUAGACCAUGCACUCCAUACACCCCUAAUUUGCCCACUUCACCAAUUGGAGAACAAUUUGAGGGGUAUUUAGAUAUGAAUUCAAUAGGUAUACCUCGGCCAGUUGUUCCACCUCUUCCUCCCACAGAUACUGAUUUUCUUAAUUCUUCCCCAUCUUCUGAACAUUGUUACAUGAAUUUUAAAGAAAGCAAUUUCCCAUUCGCCUUAAAUACACCAUUGUCUCCAGCAUUCGUAGAUUUAUUUCAAAAUUACGAAGUUCCGCCAACUGCAAGACCAUGCACUCCAUACACCCCUAAUUUGCCCACUUCACCAAUUGGAGAGAAAUUUGAGGGGUAUUUAGACAUGAAUUCAAUAGAAAAAGAAGUGAGCGAUUUUGGUUCUCCCGGUAGUUUUAGUACAAAUAACGAAUUUCCUGACAACUUUGACGAUUUAAAUAAAUUAGAUUACUACGAAACGGUUUCCUCUCCUGAUAGUAUUGCAACGUCCAAAUAUGAUAGUACAAGUCAUCUCAUAAGCAGAGGAAAAGUAUCUCCAGAUGAUGAAUUAUUAGAAAUGAUUAAUUAUUUCAAACACGAUUUUUCGACAAUUAAUGAAGUAGGUCUAAUAGCGUUGGUUGAGAAAUGGCGAAAUCGAAAAAAUGAUGUCCAGCAGUCAUUCAAAGAUAGACAGGAUCAGCUGGAUAAAAUGAAGGAAGAAUAUGAUAGAGUUCAGCAUAAAAUGAAAGAACACAUGAAUCGAACACUUAUUGAGAAAAUUCGCAGAUUUUUUAGCCGUGGAAAGUUAAAAGGUUUCAAUUCCAGUAAAAGAGCCAGCGCUUUUGAAUCUGACAUGUUGUUGAAUGCUUUCAAAAUAUCUAGUAGCAUGGUAAUUAGUGCACCUAGUUCUCCAUCAAUUGCUUCCUCGCGUACUAAUAGUACAAUUAGUAAUGGGAGUAGAGGUAACAACAAGAGUGGACAAGGGCAAUAUGAUCAAACUAGAUUCCCAUUUGAGAAAUUGAAUCCAAAAACGAAGAAAAUACCAACAUCAGUUUCACAACCAGUAGAAGCUGCAGAUAAUUCUGACUAUGUGCAGCCCGAUAAUGUAUCUAGAAGACAUAAUAACCACUUGAGCAGCUUUAGCAGUUCUAUGAUAAAUAAUACUAUUCACGAAUGCAUCGAAAGUGAUUUGGAAGCAUGUUCAAAUUCUUGCCACAGUGUGAAAAACCGGCGAAACACUUACCACGCCAAUGGCGAUGUUUCGAAGAAUUACAAAAGCCUAUUUGAUCAAUUAUGGACAAACUCAUUACGACGCAAAUCGAAAAAUAACUUGAACAAUAAGAACAAAGUAAGAAGUGUAGAGAGUUUGAUUUGUGACUGGAAAUUGGUAAAGAACAAAGAAAAUCGUGCAGAAACUGCCUCAAAUUCGGAUAUCUUGUCCGAAGCUGCUUCAAAACCAAGUGGUUCUUCCUCUAGUCAAAUCAUUAAUUGUGCUCACACAAUCCAGUGUUUGUCUGGAAUGACUAAUGAUGAAGCUCAAAUAGUCGAUAUGCCUGUAUCAUCCAGUUGUACUUCCUUACCUGAUAAAGAACCUGAUGCUAAUGAAAGCUUAGCACUGUCUGACUCUGAAUGUGGAAGCAUCGAUUCCCACCGAAAUUCCUCCCUAAAUUUAUCUUCAAUGUCACUCAAUUCAGAUUGUACUGUGGAUGAAAAUGGUGACAUUAAGUGCUCUCUAGAGUUCAAUACUACAGAAAAAAAAGAAAUUGAAGUAGAAAAUUCCUCUCCUGUAGUGUUGAUGAAUCAUCAGCAUGUAAACACGUGUGCUUCAAUGCCUGAAUAUGUGAAUGUUACUGGGCAAAAUUCACCUGCUGUUCCAAAUAGAUGCGCGUACACUGUACUUUCAUCUUAAUUCAGUUUUAGGAUUUGAUUACUUAUUACUGAUUGCAUAUCAUGUUUUUAAUAUUUUUACAACUUAAAUUUGUGGCCAUGACAUAAUUGUAGAUUUUUUUAUUAUAAUGAUGAUUUCAAUUUGAAUACAUGUGAUCUGUCCUCCUGUUUUUCA